AUGCGUGUGUGUCAAGCCACCCAUGACUACAUAAAUGGAGGUCGACAUUAUUUGCCCCUUUGCAGGGAGGACGUUUUAUUUAUUUUGGAGGAGCACCCCAGCGGUUGGUGGACAGCGCAGAAUGUGAAGGGUGAGAAGGGAAUUGUUCCAUCAACAUUUUUAAGGGAAUUUGUUAUUUGCCCUCCUUUUGAGGUGUUGCUCCGCGAGCAUUCUCUUAUUUUAACGGCAAAACGAUUCUCUGUUGAUUUUUCUUCACAUGCGCCUGCUCCUUUAAACAAGGGAGAGGUUCUACUACAAUGGGAAACUCCCUGUGAGAAGACUACUCUAGCGGAACUAGAACGCGGAAUUGGAGAUCUUCUUGUCCAGCGGGAAACUGUGCGACAAGUGCUGAGGGAAAGCCUAAAAGAUUUAGAUAGGAACACCAGGGAACCCUUUAAGGACGAGGGGAAUUGCAAAAAGGACGCGGUAUUUUUGGAAACAAAACUUGCUACGCUGAGGCAAAGGAUGAAUCUACUGGAAGCGCAUGGAAAACAGUUGAAAAGUGCGUUGCGCUCCCUUCGGGACAACGUGUUGCUAACGAAAUGCAGAGCCCCUGUUAAGCUCAUUGGCCGUGUGAGGGAGUUUCUUGGGGAGGAAGCCGUGCCUACCAGUCGAAUUCCACCGUAUCUGAAUUCUCUUCAUGGCCAACUGGAGCGGUUGCAUGGAGAUGUGCGCGUGAGUGAGGAGAGGUUAUUCUUGCUCAGCAAGAACAUUCGUGAAUUAGAGUGCUCAUGUAAGGAGGCAAAGGAGCUUCUUUCUUAUCGAAUUAGUCUUCGGGAUUCCAAGAUCCGUGCAUUUUUAAAAUUUUGGUCUGAGAAGACAGAGGUGGCGAAAGAAAAAUACUUGCAGAGGAAGUUGCAGUCUCUCCACUUGGAGUCUUUGCAUCAGGAGGAGGAACUACGCUUGCGACAGCUGAUGCAAAAGAGACGCGCAACAUACAUGGAGGCGGAGGAUGAAUGCCGGCACUGGAAGGAGAAAACCAAAAAAACUAAAUUUUUUUUGGAAGAGAAGGUGACACUCGAUCAACUAAAUCAGGCAAUUCAACAGGUGACUGAGGAAGAACGCGUCUGGCGGAAGAAGUUGCUAUCCACACGUACAAACGCGCAGGAGCCGAACACAAGAGGGGAGGAGGAAGGAAAAGACUAA